AUGAGUGGACGGGGCAUUGUGCCUAUACUUGAGCGACACGGCGAUGUGUACAUCACUGGCAGCACCGUUGUGCGACAUAAAGUCGGGAGCAAUGGCGAUGAGUUGGACUUAUUUCCGAGCGGAUAUGACUUGCAGUUGGUGCUUUCCGCUAAAAAUCUCUACAAGUUACGGCAGCGCCAUCCACCACCAAGACUCUUGUCGAGAAAGUCAGGUGAUAACAGGAAAGAGGGAAAGGAAGAAGAUGAGUUACAACAAAAGAACCAGUGGAGUUUGGGGGAGAAAUCUCAUGCACCUCUACCCCCACCACCGCCGCCGCCAGAGAUGAUGUGGCGCGAGAGCCUCGGGCUGAUUCGAGCGUUGGUUCCACUGCACAAUCAUCCUUCUCGUAUGUGGGCUGCGGGCCGCCAUAAAUUGGGGCGCCAACUGCUAUGGGUUUGCUAUUGA